AUGUCAUCUGUGAAGUCUAUACCUGGUGAGAACAUGUUUUCUGCUUUGUUUAAUGUUGUUAUCGCUCUGAUUUAUCCUUACUAUGGGAUUUAUCGAGGAUUAGAUGCCAUUUGUCGGUGCGGCAACUGGUAUUACCAAGAUCCUCUUCGCAUGGCUGCUCGCUCUGGUGCGUUGUGUACGGUUGUUCGAGAUGACCAAUGGUCGCCAAGAGCUGGUCAAACAUUACGGGAUGUCUACCUUCAUGCCGGCGGACAAGCACAAAUCUCAGUCGACCGUCGCAAUCUUGAAGAAAUAGAUUUUACAUCCACAUUUCGGUGCAGAGAAGUACACGGUCAAUACAAUCUUCCUGCUGGCUACAAAUUGGCAAUGCUACCCUCGAACGCCAGCGUGGAGCCACUACAGAAUGUCAGAGAUAUCCAGAUAUCAUCUACCAACAAUUUUCCAAAAGCCAUAGUCGCAGUGGUGCAAGGGUUUUAUGCUCUCUACACGUUGAUCAAAACUGUUGGUCAUGACCAGGACCAGAUCCGACUCUACGGCUUCGCAGCGUACGGAUUUACACCUCUACCUUACUUGGUCAUGUCAGCAAUCAAUUUUGCCGGAAACGUUGCUACCCCUGGUUAUCCAACCCUCUAUUUGGUCGAGUCACAUGAGCUCGAUGAGGUGAAAAAUAUAAACCUUACUGACAAUGGAACCACCUAUGGCCCGGGAAGUGUUCGUUGGUUCGAUGGAACUGUUGGGAGGCUAACUUAUCGCAAUAAUAAUAUGCCCAGUGUUCAGGUUAGGACUGUGCAGCAGGGCGACUUGCAAUUAAGCUGCUCCGGAAACAGCGUGACAAUUGUCCAGAAUUCUGCCAUAAAACAGUCAAUUCCCGCAUACACACAAUUUGACACAAUCGCAAAUGAAAACGAGAAAUGGUUUGACAGAUAUGGCCUAAAGUCUCUUAUUGCAACUGGGAUCAUUAUUUUCAUACUUGGUGCAGUGCCGGUGAUCAUUAUUUUUGCCUACACGGAUGGACAAGCGGGAGAAAACACCACUAUCUUCAAAGAGGCUGCCGUCCUUACCUGGCUCCUGGGUGGGAUUGUGAUUGGGGGUAUCCUUGCCCCUUUCAGGCAAAGGAUCCAAACUAAGUACCCAGGGGCCCCGCCGUGGUGGGAGAAGACACUAGUCCGGUUGUUUAUCUUCUAUAUUAUUGUCUACGCUGCACCCACAGUUCUUGGUGCUGUGGCUGUCGUAUUGAUGAUGCAUGAUUAUGGGUACUGUAUAGCCUUGUCAUAA